AGGAGACUGUGCAGAACCCACCCAGAACAAUAGGCGACAGACAACAUGUUAGUUUGUAUUGAUACAUUUCUUCUCGGGGAAGGGGAGCUCGAGGGGAUGGGCUUAUAAAUGUGUCCAUGCUUCCGCCAUUUUGGAAAAGUUUCUAGCUUCAAACUAAAGGUGACACCAUACAGUGUGCGGUGGUGUGGAAUUGCAACUCUGUCAGCACUACAAUAAGCUCAUGAUUCAAUUUGGUAUUCACGGUUGAAAAGACAUGAAGACAACAUACAUUAAACUUUGGUUCAAAUGUCCCAUCAUGUAAAUACAACGUAAUUAUUAAAACAUUUUUCAUCGUAAAGUGAAAUUUGACUUUCAUAUGGACAAAAGUGGCCCAAGAAGUAAAAUAGAGACAGUGUCUUCCAUGAUGGUAGACAAAGAUGAAGUCUCUUUUCGUCAUGAAAGCUCGAAUAAAGUCUAUGAAACAAAUUAUGAGCUUGCAACUAACGCAACUGCCAUAAUAGUUGGCAAGAAGGAAGACACUGAAAGUGCCCUACCGACUGUAAUCGUCUCUCUUAUUCUACUGGCACUCCUGGUGAACAUUGUGGCCAUCACAACUUACUAUAUCUACAAAAUGUGCAAGAGAAGGAAGGAAAAGAAACUGCGGGAAGAAAUGGUGGUUGUUGACGGGACAAACCCUGACUUUGAAGACCACAUCGUACAAAGUGAAGCCCUUUUGUCAGGCGGCUACAACACGACUGAUAACGAAUCCAUGACGAGCGAUCCGAACAUUCGACGGAACCCUCCAAAAAGGACCAACUCGCGAAGCAUGAGCGCUCCUUCGUUGUUCCGAAAAGUGUCCCGACAAGCCAGCCUCGAAGCGAAGUACUUCGAUCUCGGGCAGCUCGACUUCGCCGUCCAACACAAGGUAGAAGAAAAACAGCUGGAGGUUUACCUCAUCAAAGCCGAACGCCUUACCCCAAGGACAAGUAAAGAACUCCGCGAUCCUUACGUCAUCGUCAAACUCUUACCGGAUAUAGGAAGACGGAAGCAAUCCAAGAUCAUCCUGGAUGAUCUUCAUCCUGAUUUUGACGAGAUGUUUACAUUUGACAUUGACGGAGAGGAUAUCCGUACGCUGACCUUGAAGUUCCACGUGAUGGACGCUGGCGGGAAGCGGAAACGCAGACAGGAGAUUGGUCACGUGACGUUUCCUCUAGCAGGGAACGAUUGGAGCGUUCAACAGGAGUUCUGGAUGAACAUAGUCAAGAUGGAUCCUCGUAUCAAGGUGAAAGCCUCCGAGGUGGAUGUUCUGGAGGCAGACCGGGGUGAGAUGUUGUUGAGCCUGACGCACAAGCCGAACUCCCGGGUCCUGACGGUGGUGGUGGAGGAGGUCAACAACGUGGACCCGGAGAGAGACCUGUCCGAUCCGGUCUUCAUGCCGGGAAGGAAGAAGAAACACCAGGCUUCAAGCAAAGCGGCCCUUUUUGUGAAGAUCAGGAUGACUGAAGGAAGCAGAAAGGUGAAGUCGGUGAAGACGUCUCAGAAAGUCGGCACCACAAAUCCCAAGUUUAAGGAAACCUUUACGUUUGACGUCUCCAAGUGUGACCUUGCUGAGGUUGGACUGAAGGUCAUGGUUAAGAAGAAGGAGCUAUUCCUGCAAGACACCCUUGGAAGGCUGGUUAUAGGGUACCCAUGUGGAGCGUUAACAGAACACCUGCAUUCCCCUGACUCCCCCGAACCUACGUGGUAUCGCCUGGAAUAAACGCUAAAGUCUGUCCAACAUUUGUUAUUGUCUUCCUGUUUCUACUAGCUGUGUUACAUUAAAAAUUUAAACACAAUGCUUCUAUAGUUUUGAAGAGUAUACUCUAUUUACUUCUCAUAAUUUGAUUUUUAGAUUACAUCGGAUGAACAUUACAAAUGCACAUAGAAACUUACAUAAGAGAACUGCUGGCCAGGGUAUUGAGAUGUAUAAGGUCUUUGUUUACUAUUGUUGGGAUAUAGAUGCGAUAGGAAAUCAUGUUCCAUAGUUAUAUUUCUUAAACUAUUAUUAAUUUAUUUAUAGUAUUUAUGCUGCUGUGUACAAAUGUGGUCUAGACAGUUGGGUUGUUGCAAAACUGAUUCUUACAUCAAACUCGCUGCUAUUUGUAAAGGUUUAAAAAGUACAAUAUUGUUUGAUGAGCCAGAUGUAAAAAUCUAUGGUGUAACUGAUUUCAAGUGAAAUUGUCAUUGUGGUUUGCUUCUCAAACCGUGCUAUGUUAUAGAAGUAAAGCUUCGGUUGCAGUAAAAACGAUCAUGACAUAU